GUUUUCUUCACGCAGUCGACGUUCUUUCGCGAGUUCGUUGUUCUUUGUGAAUCGCAUCUCAGCUGCAAAUGUUUUGUGUAUUUUUGUCGUCAUUAAUUUCGGUUCGAGGACCGUCUGAUUUGCAACGUUUGAUGCGUGUUACGAUUCGUGCUUUCUGAACUGUGGAAAUAAUAGUGUUUGGGAUCCCACCGAGGGUAGGGUGAAAAGUGGAUAAUCGUUGCGUGUGAUUUUUUCUUCUAUUUUAAUCGAGAAGGGCAAGUGCGGGGAAAAUUCUGGAUACGAGGAUCGGUGGUUUUCUUUCGGGCACAACCCACUGACUCUUGACCAACGAAGCAAAAAGCUGCGAAGUAGUUCUGAUCCUCUGUGGGUUGAGUAGUCGGUUGCGAGGAAACCGGGGCUGCCAUUUGUAAGUGAUUUGAGAGUUUUACGACUUUCCGAAAAAUCAAUGACAACAAAAGGCAAUGAGAAUGGAAAAUCGACGGUAUUUUAAUCAGGAAGGCAAGGAGGCGAAAAACUUCUACCAUCUGUCGGAUGACGGCGAGGAGAGCGGCUGCAGCAGAAGCUAUACUCGAAAGCCACCGGCACAUUUAAAACCACGAUCUUUGCAGAGUGCCUCGCAAGGUAAAUCCGCCGCAAAGUCCUCGGCUCCGCGAGUGCGAUCUGCUUCAACGGGCAGAGACAAAAAGUCGGAACUUCAAGCCCGAUACUGGGCAUUUCUGUUUGGAAAUCUCCAAAGAUCUGUCAACGAAAUAUAUCAAACGGUUGAGUGCUAUGAAAACUUGCCCUCAUGUCAGGAGGCAAUUCUGGUGCUGGAAAACUACAUUCGAGAUUUUCGUGCGCUGGCUGAGUGGUUCAAAGUUUCCUGGGACUAUGAAGCGACUCCGUUGCCUCAGCGUCCCCAAUCGCUAGCUUGGGAGGUGCGAAAGAGUAAUCCCGCCCCACGGGUUCGUAAACCCAUUUCCAGUCCAGGAAUGUCAGGGAAAUCGAGUCCCAGUUUCUCCGGAAAGAAUAGCCCUAAUCACGCCGUUGAGGAUCUGACCAAAUGUUCUCCGAAGAAACACUUUAGUUCGACGGAGAGUCUCAGCACUAAAAAGGGAGGAGCUACAAUCGGAAGAAUGACUGUGAAAGACUUGAUGAAACAGUCCGUAGCUACGAACGAAAAUGGCGUGGCGGAUGAGACGCAGAAACCUUCACAGGCAACGGUGGAGAAUGACCAUCAGCAACAAAUCGGUUGCAACAAUCUUGAGGCGUAUGUACUUAAACUGGAUCAGUACACACAGACUAAUCUGGAUGAUGAAAACCUAACUCUGGCUGAGUACCUUGAAAAGUAUUGUAAGAAAGUGGAAGUUUGUAAUGAAAUUGUGAAGCAGGUUGAAGUUGUUCCGGAAAAACCGGAAGAUAAGAUAACAGAAGUUGUAGCCGUGGAAGAGAAAAAGGUGUCAGAAAUGGCCAAAGCCGUAGAGAAAGUUCCAGAGGUUACAGUAAAGAAGGUUGUUCCUGCUACGAAGUAUGCAACAGUAGUAACUAGUGUUGCCAAACCCUCUGUUCGACCCGUUGCUCCGGCAGUUCAAAAUAAGGUUGCUUUGCCUUCGAGAACGGUUCCAUCGAAAAUCGUUCGAACCGUUCCAAAUGUUCGAAAAUCGGCUACAAUAUCUAGUCUUAGUCAAAAUCAAACGAAACCAGUGGCGCUACCAACAAAAAGCGCAACUAUUUCAAACAUCCAUUCCGCUGGUUCUAAGGCAGGCGCCCGUCCAGCGGUUAAUCCAGUGAAAAGCAAAACCAUUCCAUCGAAUAUUUCUACCCGUCUUUCCGCCCGUUCCAAAACUAUGAUCGAAAUAAACAAUCGACGAAACGAAAGCAAACCGGCAUCGUUCCCUUCAAAGCUGUCGUUUUCACGCAAAACGUCCAGAGAGGAUGUCGACAGUUCCAGUUCGACUCUAAAAGCUAGCACUGAUCGAUUGGGUUCCAGGAACUCCGUUGUGGAAGUUUCCAAGAAUCGUGUUCCAAAUGGACCAGUCGGUGGGAGGCGUUCAGAGCCAAAGAGCCUUCCUUCGGAUGCUGCCAGCAAUGACGGUUGGUACACGGUGAAGACGAAACGACGAUCCAGUUUACAUUGGGCCACUCGGUUCAAUCAGCCCAGUGGGUAUGCCAGUUUGCCUACACUCGCCUUGCUGGAUGAAAAUGGCAAUGCCGAAGAGAGUGAGCGCAAGGUCUCCACCGACAAUGCAAUGAAGUCGUCCAAAGUGGAUCCAAAGGCGAUCAAACCAGUGGCAGCUACAAAAUCACCACCUGACUCUAAAGCUAAAGCGACAUCACUGGCGAACGCAAAACUGGUUAAUCCUCCGGCCAAACCGCCAUCUGUUGUACUGCCGAAACGCCCCACAACUGCUCCAGCAGCUCAAAAAAAGGUUCCUCCAAUCAGCGCAGCUCAACCCGCUCUGACCAAACAACCAACGAUGAAUGGUCCAACAGUGAGCAGACAAAAGUCCGAUCUGACCGGUUUGAAGUUAAAAACAUUGCACAAGGAAUACCUACGGAACGAAAAGUUGAAAUCGAAACCACCCACAGCAUCAUCCGCUGACGAUGAACCAAAUGCGGAAAAAGCGGUAGAUGUCGCGCCGCAGCAACCAUUGGAGGACACUACAUCGCAUUUGAACAAGGUCGAUAUGAACAUCCAAACCAACCUGGUUUCAUCUACAAUCCAGAAUCUGUAUGAAAAAUGUUAUGGAACGGGCGAGGAAGGUGCGGGAGAUAACGAUGGCACGAUGCUUGCCGCAAAACGGUUGGCACGGUCCGAAAUCAAUCUGUCCAGCUGCGAUGAGUUGGAGGAGAAGGAAGAUCUGGAAAGCGAAGAGGAUCAGCGCAAGCUGCUGGAGGAGCAGGAGAGUUUGGAAGCGCAAAUUCGGGAAUUGCAGAACGCGGAAAUCGAUAUCGAUACUGAAACGGACGAAACUGAUUGUGAAGCCAUUAUCGAUCUAGAAGAUAACGAAAGUAUUGCCGAAAGCUCAGAAACCAUCAGCGUGAACGGAAUCGGCGGUGACGAGGAAAUGACACUUGAAAUGCGUUACGAAGCUGUUCUAGCUGAAAUGACUUGGGUGGAACGUGCACAAACGCUGGCUACCUUACAAGCGCUAGUAGCCCGCCAUCCAGGAAGGGCUCAACAAUUGCACGCCAAAUUGUCCAGUCCUUCCCGACGACGAUCAUUGCACGAGACAUUGAAGAAGUAUCAAGCGAAGCAGACCCGAGCGCUGGAGAAACGGCAGGCAUUACAAAAGGAAAAGGCCUUAAAAAUUCAACAAUUGCUGGCAAGAGUUGAAGAUGUCAAAACUGCCAAACAGCAGCUAAUCGAAAAUAAACGUAUGCGAAUGGAAGAACGGCUUCAGAGGGCUUCAGAGAACCGGUCACAGUAUUUAAAAGAUAAAAUUAAGAAAGCGCAUGACGAAGAGGAGAAACUUAAGGAAAUUGCUUUCAUUAAAAACAUAGAAGCUCAAAAUAAGAGACUUGACUUUAUGGAAUCAUGGAAGGAACAGGAAGGUCGCUUGCAAGAUAUAGAAACUGAACGCCAGAAACGUGCUGAAGAGAAAGCCGCCAAGGAAGCAGCAGUUGAACGGCGGCGACAGGAAAUCGAACAAGAGAGACAGAAAAAGUUGCAAAUAAUGAGCGAAAAUCGCCGUGAGCGGGAAAAACGUGUGGGAAAAAUGCAGGAACAAAAGGAAAGGCAACGCCAGGCUCUAGCUAGGGAAAAGGCUCGGGAUAGAGAGGAGCGGCUUCUUGCUCUGCAGGCACAGCAACAAGCCACCACAGAAGAACUCCAAAGAAAAAUCAUUCAGAAGCAGCAGGAGUCUGCUCGGCGUCACGAGGAACACAUCGAGGACAUCCGUCAGCGGGCGGUAGAGUUGACUAUCCCGACCAGAAACUGCGACGAAACUAUUUCAAACAAGCAGGAAAACGAUGACAAUCUCAGUGUUAGUGAUAAAGGUAAAGACGGUGGAAAUGCCAAAGCCAAUAAGAAAAAGCUCAAGAAACUGCGCCAGAGGAUGUCUCAGGCUGCGGAGGAAUACACUGCCGAGUUGCAACCGCUUGCACCGCAUAUACGCAAGCAGAGCCAAGUGCCCAAACUGUUAAACACGAUCGUGAAGGGUGGCGGACCGCUGGGGGUAGAACGGCCUCUCGGUCAGCUGCUGCGGCUCAUGGCAAAGGCGGAGGUGGUGGACUUCCAAUCCAUGUGGCUGAUGGACGGACUGAAAACCAUCUCCGACGUGAUCCAGCUGGGAAUGGAACCCAACUCGGAGGUUUCAAAACGGGCGGUAGUCAUAUCGGUCCAGCUGUACCGCAAUGCAUGCUCUCUAUGUCCGCAAAUAUCGCGCCAUGCGAUUCUUGGCAAUACCAUUACAGUAUUAUUAGAUGCUCUACUGAUCAGCUUGAAGACACCGGAGGAGAAGUGUCCUUUGUACCCGGUAGAGCUAUCCACCGAGCUCAUACUGGCGUGCACCGUGGCGCUGUCGCCGACAAACUCACUCAAGCAGACACACCCAAAGGUUGUGGAACGCCUUCCGGAUCUCAUAAGUUACACAGUAUCACUAGGAUUGGUAGACACAUUAGUUAGGAAAUUUAAUCAAAUCCACGAAUCGGUCGAAACUCAACAAAGUUUGGUGCUAUCUCUGCUGGCUUCUCUCGGCCUUCUGACGAAGCUGGCAGAGUUGUGUCCGAAAGGCCCGGACAUUACAAAGUUCCUGACAACGGUCAAAUCAACGGAACUGUUCGGAUCGGUCUCACUGCUGUAUGCAGCCAUCGUGCCCAUUGGUGAAUGCAUUCCACCAAGAACGAUUUCGCUGGCGGCAGCUACCUUUAAUCUUCUGGUAACGUUGGCCAAUCUGGACAUUGUGACGUUUCAGGACGUGCUAUCUGAGGAGAAUCUUUCGUUUAAGUUCCUGGACGUGGUCAGCAUUCUGCUGCAGUACUGCGUGCCGAAAUCGGAGGAGAAGGGUGAAACCCAGGCUGUGAUAAUCGACUUAAUAGCAACGUUAGGUUUCUUCUGUGCCAAUAAUAAAAUUAGUCAGAACCUGCUCACGUCGGAUCAUUCAUCGGUGAUAAUCAAGAGCUUGACCAAGUUACCCAAACGGUUCGACAUGGUCAUUUAUCCGACGCUGGUUACCGUCACCUUUGAGAAUCCCGAAGCCAAAGCCAUACUGAGCAAAGAUUUUGACAUCGCGUCUCUCGAGGAGUACAGCAAAUCGGACCUGGCGAAAAAGAACCGGAUUGUGUCACUGUUGACCAAGGCGGCGGAGUAAUUUCGAUUGCAUCUGCUUCUUUGGUAUUUACCCAUUCUAUCCAGUAUGCAGUCGGGUGGUACAGGUUGUUUAUUCGAUUUUCAGUAAGUAUUCGCACUAUGGCCCAGGUCAUAGUCACGCGUGCAGAAGUCAAUGUCUGCGCACUUGAUAGCCAUUUCCACCAGACGCAGAAGAGAGCGGGCGGGUUACAACCCGUUGAAAGCAAUAAAUAACGAGAAUUAAGCCAGAAUCAAUAAAAAUGCGACAUAAAAGCGCAGUGAUUAAA